AUUUCUGUGACGAGCUUUUAAAUUUGUGUUACUGAAAAUGCAUAAAGUCAUUGUAUCCUGCCGAAGUUUCUGUUGGACGUUUACCUACAAGUCAAUUCUCUUAAGACUGUGAAAGCGAUGCGGACAAUAAGAAUGCUUUUUACACUUUUAUAGGUAGUAUCAAGUCCUGAAGUGGAAUGUAUGUGCUGGCAAAAGAUGAAAAGGUCUAGUGCUAAGCUCCUGAGUACGCAUUUUUUUCUUGCAAGGUUCAUUCCUUUCUCAGAUGUUUGGAUAAAAGCACUGAAUUUGAGUUUUGGCACUUAUCAAAUUUGGCAUUACUUUAGUGGCAUUUUUUUAAUCUACGUCAAUCUCAAAAGACUGGACGACAGCAUACCCUUUAGUCUGCUCACAUUCUUUGCUCUGUUGCUAUUUGCCCCAAUAAAUCCUGUCUUUGAAUCACAUGGGGUUCUUUGAAGAAAAGGUAAAAUACAGAGGUCUUUAAUGAAAUAUUAUAAAUCAGGAAGAGAACAAAUCAAUCACUGCAAGAUGGUAGAAUAGAAAGAUAAUUUAUUGGAGGUUCCAGCAGAACAGCACAGAGAGGACGUUUGGAGUGAAAGGGGAAUGUGAGGACCAGAGAGAAAGAGAGAGGAGGACCUACAACAUGGUGGAUUCUGCUUUGUCGGAUGGGAGGGUGAAACAGAAAAGGAGAUGGAGGCAGAACAAAAUAAGAGGUAGUCAGCAUGGAAUGUCAGUCCAGGACUCUUCAUUGAGUAACUAAAAAGUAGGUGCUAGAUGAUGAAAUUUCUCUUCUGAAGGCUUUGUGACAAAGUAGUCUCCAGUUAUGGCUUUGCCAUCAGGAUGGUGGAUUUUCUCCCUGGUCCUCAUUGAAGCAACGGCAUCUCUGGCUGCAAACUACCCGUAUGUUUACUACAGAAGAAUUUGUCACAGGCCUCACUGUUACCACAGCUAUCAUGGCUACAACACUGGCUACUUGCCUGCUGCAGAUAUAGAUGAAUGCCAGGUCCAUAACGGAGGCUGCCAGCACAGAUGUAUUAACACCAGAGGCUCGUACUAUUGUGAAUGUCACCCUGGCUCCAGGCUUCAUGUGGACGGUCGCACCUGCCUCACCGUGUACUCAUGCGCUGUCCGCAACGGAGGAUGCGAACACUACUGUCUGCAGCAGUCGGCUUCACAUUUUCGCUGCCGCUGCAAGCCAAACUACGUGGUGGCAGAGGACGGCAAGCACUGUAAAUUGCAGAAUCCUUGUGCAGAUCAGAAUGGAGGCUGCAUGCAUGAGUGUCGAGUUGAUGGAGGAAAGCCUUUCUGUGAUUGCAAACGUGGCUAUCUGCUGGCUGAGGAUGGGAAAACCUGUGAAGAUGUCGACGAGUGUAAAACAGAGGAAACCAACUGUGCUCAUGGCUGCCGCAACACUCUGGGCUCCUAUGCUUGUGUUUGCAACACUGCCUAUGAGCUGGGCUCUGACGGGAAACAGUGUUACAGAAUUGAGAUGGAGAUUGUGAACAGCUGUGAGAGCAACAACGGUGGAUGUUCUCAUCACUGCCAGCAUUCGACCAGCGGGCCGAUGUGCACCUGUAACCAUGGUUACCGGCUCAAUGAUGACCUAAAAACCUGUGUUGAUGUUGAUGAGUGUGGAGAACAGACCUCCUGUUGUGACCAGGACUGCACCAACUACCCCGGGGGUUAUGAAUGCUACUGCUCAGCAGGAUACAGACUCAAUGCAGAUGGAUGUAGCUGUGACGAUGUAGACGAGUGUCUGGCUGCUAAUGGUGGCUGUGACCACACAUGCCAGAAUACUGCUGGUUCCUUCCAGUGCUUCUGUCACCGGGGUUACCAACUGGACGAGGACAGGCGCUCCUGCAUCCCUCUGGCAGGUGCAGUUGAGUCCCUCUCCAGCGGAGGCGCCAUCGAGCUGUCCCUCAUUCAUCCCCAGCUCACCUUGCUCCGCGACUACGACCAACCCCUGCAGCGUUACGACGACUACGAAGAUGAUGAUGGGGAGCUGAGGGCUGAGAGCAGCCUGGCAGAAAAAUUUGUGUGUCUGGACGACACCUUCGGCAGCGACUGCAGCCUGACCUGUGAUGACUGCACUAAUGGGGGAAUAUGCAAUAUUUGGAAAAACGGCUGCGACUGUCCAGAUGGAUGGACGGGAAUCAUCUGCAAUCAGACCUGUCCUGCGGGGCAUUUUGGAAAAAACUGCUCGUUUUCCUGUAAGUGUAAAAACGGAGCCAGCUGCGAUUCGGUCAGCGGGAGCUGCCGCUGCCCUCCUGGUGUGACUGGAGAUUUGUGUCAGGAUGGUUGUCCUAAAGGUUUCUAUGGGAAGCAGUGCAACAAGAAGUGCAACUGUGCAAACAACGGCCGCUGCCACCGAACCUACGGAGCCUGUCUGUGUGAAGCCGGACUGUAUGGACGCUUCUGUCAUCUUCCAUGUCCUAAGUGGACCUUCGGAGCUGGCUGCUCUCAGGAGUGCCAGUGUGACCAGAAAAAGACAAAGGACUGUCAUCGCCACCAUGGCACCUGUAUCUGCAAACCUGGUUACCACGGCAACACCUGCAACGAAAGUUGUAAAACUGGUACUUUUGGACUCGGCUGUGAGCAGAAGUGUGUCUGUCCACCUGGAGCGUCCUGUGAUCAUGUGACUGGAGCGUGCCAACGAAAAUGCCCCGCUGGACGUCAUGGGGAGAAAUGUGAGCAAGAGUGUCCAGAGGGAAUGUUUGGACCUGGCUGCGUCCAGCAGUGUAACUGCACCGGGGCACCAUGUGACAAAGAGACAGGACAAUGCCACUGUCAAGCUGGGACGCAUGGAGAGCACUGUGAAAACUUGUGUCCAGAGGGUUCUUGGGGUCCCGGCUGCAGGGAAACCUGCCCUGCUUGUGAGAACGGGGGUUCCUGUGAUAAACACAACGGGUCCUGCAGCUGCCCGCAUGGAUACAUGGGAACACUCUGCCAAACCUCUUGCCCAAGUGGACGUUUUGGUCUGAGAUGCCAGAUGAAAUGUGUGUGUGAGAACAACGGUCACUGUGACCCAGAGAAUGGACAGUGUACCUGCGCUCCUGGAUGGACUGGACACGACUGCAGAAAAGUUUGUGAUGCAGGGCACUGGGGCGCCGACUGUGCAGAAACGUGCGACUGCAGAAAUGGAGACGGAAGCUGUGACGGUGUGACGGGCCGGUGUAACUGUGAAGCAGGAUUCACUGGACCAACCUGCCAGCAGAAGUGCCCAGCAGGUCUGUUCGGUCUGAGUUGUCGUCAUCUCUGUCAGUGUGAAAAUGAAGCCCUGUGUGACCAUGUGAGCGGAGCUUGCACGUGCCAGGUGGGAUGGACGGGUUCCUUCUGUGAAAAACCGUGUCCUCAGGGUUUCUACGGUCUGGACUGCCAGGAGAAGUGUUUCUGUCAGAACGGUGGGAGUUGCGAUCACGUCAGCGGCGUUUGUUCCUGUCCUGCAGGCUGGAUCGGCCCAUUCUGCAAUCUGACGUGCCUGACUGGUUUCUAUGGGCCGGGAUGUAACCAAACCUGUGGCUGUCGCAACGGCGGCAUCUGCCACCCGGCCGGUGGCCAGUGCUCAUGUAUGCCGGGCUGGACCGGACCCAACUGCACAGAAGAAUGCCCGGCUGGGUUUUUUGGGGCAGACUGUCAGCAGGUCUGCUUGUGCCAGAAUGGAGCCACUUGCAACAAAACUGAUGGAAAAUGUUCAUGUCCAGCUGGAUGGACGGGUGCGGCCUGCGAACUGGAAUGCACAGCGGGCCGUUUUGGGGCAGACUGCCAGCAGCGGUGUGAAUGUGAGAACGGCGGCGUGUGCGACAGCCAGGCAGGCCGGUGCAGCUGCAGAGCCGGUUGGGUUGGAGAGCGCUGUGAGAAAGAGUGUGAAGCAGGCCUGUACGGGGCUGGCUGCACUGAGCGCUGCCGCUGUGUGCACGGGGUUUCCUGUCAUCACGUGACCGGGGAGUGCCGAUGUUCUCCAGGCUGGAGGGGAAAGCUCUGUGACAAAGCAUGUUUGCCUGGUACAUUCGGUGAAGGCUGCAUGCAGCGCUGCCGCUGUGCACAGGAAACUUCCUGCCACCACGUCUCUGGAGAGUGCGGCUGUCCUUCUGGAUUUACCGGCAACGGCUGUGAACAGACUUGUAUUCCAGGAUUGUUUGGGCCAAACUGUAACCAGGUCUGUCAGUGCUCAGAGACGAACCAGCUCUGCCAUCCGGUGUCUGGAUCCUGUUACUGCGCCCCAGGUUUCCACGGCUCCAAAUGUGACCAAAGCUGUGAAGAGGGUCGCUAUGGUCCCGACUGUCAGAAAGAGUGUCGGUGUGAAAACGGAGGAAGGUGUGUCCCUUCAACUGGAAGCUGUGAAUGUCCAGCUGGGUUCAUUGGCCCGAGCUGCAACAUCACGUGUCCAGUCGGGCGCUAUGGUGUCGACUGCAACCGUGUGGCUGUGUGUGGAGACGGAGCCCAGAGUGACCCCGUCACAGGUCGCUGUGUGUGCAUCCCUGGACGCAGAGGAGAGGACUGUGGACAAAGCUGCCCUCCCGGCUGGUUUGGGGAAUAUUGCACUCAACGCUGUAACUGCAGUAACGGAGGAUUGUGCGACUCUGCGACAGGCAACUGCACCUGCGGUCUGGGCUGGACUGGGGAACGCUGCAACAUUGAGUGUCCCGUAGGCCGAUUCGGUGCAAACUGUCAGCUGAAAUGUAGCUGUCAAAAUAACGGCUCCUGUGACAAAGUGACGGGAACGUGUCGCUGCGGAUCGGGCUACUAUGGACAUCUGUGUGAACACGUCUGCCCUCCUGGUUUCCACGGUCCGCUGUGUCAGCUGCAGUGUGACUGCAUGAACGGCGCCACCUGUCACCCCGUGUCGGGCCACUGCAUCUGUCCUCCAGGACAUCAUGGAGCCCACUGCCACAGAGUGUGUGAGCCGGGGAGGUACGGUCAAGGCUGUGUCGGGGUGUGUGACUGCGAAGACGGUUCCCCGUGUGAUCCUGUGACUGGAAGAUGCAUCUGUCCCUCCGGGAAGACAGGCGCCAGAUGUGAUAUUGACUGCAGAGGCGAUCAUUAUGGGCCAGACUGCGCAGAGACCUGCGAGUGUAAGAACGGGGCGCAGUGCGACCGACGCAACGGCCGCUGUCUCUGUGCUCACAGCUGGCUCGGACUCUCCUGUCAGGAAGGUGGACCCCCACUCUACAGCUAUGGAAGCAGCAGAGCGAACUCGCAGCACAACUCAUUAUAACAGCUCCACGGAGCUGGAAAACUGAAACUGGGACAGACGAACGAUGAAAUGAAAAAGUCUGACGAGACGCAGCAGCAGCAGCAGCAACCAUAGAGACUCUGAAGAGAAGUGCAGCUGAAAACAAGGUUACAUCCUAGAUCUGUGGAAUAACGGUGACAAUAUUUCCACAAGCAGAGUGCAGCGUCAGGACAUUGUUGCCUUCAGUGGCUUCCAGUGAUGUCUUUUAACAUAAGUUUUCACAGGUACUGUAUAUCAACCUUCCCAGAAGUCAGCAUUGUUGCCCUUGUCAAUGAACGUGUUGUUAGUAAAACAGCAGUAUUUAUACACCCCAGACUUUUUCCACAUUCUGUCACUUUAGAACCACAAGUUAGAGAUUUAGGCAAUAGAUCAAUACAAUACAGUGUUCAUUUGGAUUCAGCCUGAAUUAAUACUCUAACUGUGUUAAAGAGUAACAAUGGGCAUAUUGGCAGCUUCUGACUGAUGCUCUCCUUGCUGUCAACCCUUAGCAGAUUUGAAGCUCUUGAUUUUUUACAAUGAAAUAUCUCCUUACAACCAAGUAACUUGAAUUAACUCAGCAAAUGAAAAUGUAAGUGUAGUACUGGCAUUUUACAGAUGUUGAAUUCAAAAUAACAUUUCUCAUCUAAAGGAGGAAAUGUAACAAAUUCAAAUGUAGGUAAUUAAUCAGCAAAUUAGGAAAAAAAAUAUAUGCAUAACUGGGAAUAACUCAGGCCACUGGAUGGCAGCGAUAUGCUUUAAAUACCAUUUUUUGUUCAUGUGGAAAAUGCACCGACCAGCAUCAGUGAGAUUUGUACAUCUGGGCUCCAUUAACUGCAGCAGUCUAUCAGUGACUCUCCAGAAAAACUCUGCUGACCUGUCUGCUGUGUUCCUCCGUCUCUCAUGAUACUCUUAUUAGAUGCUGUCCAGAAGGUGACUCAAUUUAUUAGAUCACUUCUAACAACAACUUGCUGCACUGCAAUUUAUUUAGAGUUGCAGUAUAUUAAAACUUGUGGUUGCAAUCUGACAAAAUGUGGAAAUGUUAAAUAUAGAUACUUUUGCAAGGCCCUGUACGUACCUCAGUCAAAUAAUGUGAUACUCCAGUUCAUGAAAUGUUGGACGUCUGAGUUCUUUCUAGUCAAGUGACAUUAAAUGAAGCAGCAUUCAUGUGCAAAUCUGACAAACGUUGCUCUUUGUUAUUUUAAUAGAUUUUGUGUAUAAAUGGUUUUGUAUUUAUAUUUCAUAUGGUUGUUUUUACAGCUGAACAAGGUGAGAAAUAAAGAUGCACACUCAG